AUGCUAGUACGGGACUAUAUCGAUGACGCACUCUAUAACCCCCACUAUGGCUACUUCUCUAAAGAGGCCGUGAUCUUCAACACCGAUAAACCCUUCAAAUUCCCCCAAAUCCGUGACGAAACCGCCUUCCACAAGGAUUUCACCCAACAAUACAAAGAAUUCGAAGAUAAACUCGAUGCUGAAACUCCCAACAAUCUUCGACAGCUGUGGCAUACCCCGACGGAGCUAUUCCGUCCUUACUACGGAGAGGCUAUUGCUCGAUAUCUCUACGAAAACUACGUUAUAGAUCUAUACCCGGAGUACGACCUUAUAGUUUACGAAAUGGGUGCUGGAAACGGUACUCUGAUGGUCAAUAUCCUCGAUUGGUUGCGCGAUAACGUUCCAGAUGUGUACAUCCGCACCCAAUUCAAGAUCAUCGAGAUCAGUAAACGGAUGGUACAGCAGCAACUUAAAUCUGUCGAAAGAUCAGGCCAUUUGGAACACGUGGAGGUUAUUCACAGUAGCAUGUUCGAUUUCAGCACUUACGUGGCAAACCCCUGCUACUUCCUGGCGUUGGAGGUUUUUGAUAAUUUUGCGCAUGAUAUGGUGCGCUAUGAUUUACAGACACAGCAACCUCUACAAGGGUACCUGAUGAUUGAUCAAGAGGGCGAGUUCCAUGAAUUCUACACACCGGACUUGGACCCCCGGACAAAACGGUACCUGGAUCUCCGUCGCAAAAUCGAUAACCCGGAACACGACAAGAUGUUCAGCAAUGUAAUCGCCAAGUCAUUCAAGGAUACGAUUCGGAAUAGCAGUGCAUGGAAUAGGCUGAAGUGGGGGUUAAAAAACCGAAUCUGGUUUCAGGAGAAUUUAACAGCGCCAGAGUUUAUCCCGACGAGAGCGAUGGAGUUUUUGGAAUUAUUAAAUUCGAGAUUUCCUCAUCAUCGAUUAUUGAUGAGUGAUUUUGACUACCUGCCUGAUACGGUGGAAGGAAUGAAUGCGCCAGUAGUACAAACUAGGUACAAGAGGGAGACUAUUGCAGUCUCACAGUUAUUCGUACACCAAGGAUACUUCGAUAUCCUAUUCCCGACAGACUUCGUCGAAAUAGCAAAGAUGUACGAAUUGCUAUCCGGGAAGUUUGCGAGAGUAGAGACACAUGAGAAGUUCAUGAGGAGCUGGGCAGAGCUCAGCGAUACCACGACAAAAUCAAAGGAAAACCCUUUGUUGACGUGGUAUAAGAAUGCUUCAGUGAUGUACACACAUUAA